AUGAUCUUUUCUGCCCAGGAACGUAGUGCUUCACAGAGACCCUCUGUCUUUCCUGAGGCUAGACCUCCUCUUUUCUACAUCCUGGAUAGAUGCCAACCAUUAACCCUUGAGGAUGCCAACCAGAGAGAGUCUGUGUCCAGUGGAUCUGCUGCUGAAGUUUGGGGGAACACACAGCUAAUUUUCUUUUUCCUUGAUCUCUUAAUCAGAGUCAUCAACAGGAUAGCACCCAGAAACCACACGGUCAUUACAGAGUUCAUUCUCCUGGGACUCACAGAUGAUCCAGAACUUCAGCCCAUCAUUUUUAGCCUGUUCAUGAUGAUGUAUCUGAUCACUGUCCUUGGAAACCUGCUCAUUGUCUUGGUGGUCAUCUCUGACUCCCACCUGCACACACCCAUGUACUUCUUUCUCUCCCAUCUGUCCUUUACUGACAUCUGUGUAAGCUCAUCUACCAUCCCAAAGAUGUUGUUGAACAUCCACACGCAGAAUCCGACCAUCACUUUUACAGGCUGCCUCAACCAGAUUUUCUUUGUCCUGUUUUUUUGUGCUUUUGAAAAUUUUCUUCUAGCAGCAAUGGCCUAUGACCGCUAUGUUGCCAUUUGUUACCCACUGAGGUACACAGUCAUCAUGAAUCCUUGCUUCUGUGGCCUGCUGAUUCUGCUUUCCUUGCUAAUAAGCAUAAUGCUUUCUUUGCUGCACAGUCUUAUGAUUUUACAUCUGUCUUUCUGCACACACCUGGAAAUUCCUCAGUUUUUCUGUGAACUUGCUCAGCUCCUCAAGAUUGCCUGCUCCAGCACCCUCAUUAACAACACCCUCAUAUACUUUUUUGCUUCCAUUUUGGGAGGUGUUCCUCUCCUUGGGAUCAUAUUCUCUUACACCCAAAUUGUCUCCUCUGUUUUGAGGAUACCAUCAUCUAGUGGGAAGUAUAAAGUGUUUUCCACCUGUGGGUCUCACCUGUCAGUUGUUUCUCUAUUCUAUGGGACAGGUGUGGGUGUGUAUAUAAGUUCUUUAUUUACACAGUCUUCCAGAAAAAUGGCAGUAGCCUCAGUGAUGUACAUUGUAGUGCCCCAAAUGAUGAAUCCUUUCAUCUACAGUCUGAGGAACAAAGACAUAAAGGUAAGCUUGAGAAAACUCCUUGUUAGGAAAACUUUUAUGUAA